GGCAACGCGUCUUGAAAAUUGAAUUGAAUGCUCAUCACCGUCGCAGAUGAAUGUUUGUUUUGUGCAAGGAGACCAGUCGUCUACCUUUGUACCCAAAUUUAAAAGACACGUUUGCUGUGCACAGGAACGACAAUUGUACACGAACUCGACGACCCUAGAAGAGACCUCGAGGACGAAGAGUUUCUCACCAGACGGCCACAGACAGCUGCUGACUACUGCAAGCACCUGCACCACACCUGGCAAACACCUGGCAAACACCUGCAGCUCCGUUACGUCGGUUGGACUUCACUUUCUGAACACAAGCAUGGCAGGUGUCCAGCUGUUUACAACCCUUCUCCUGAUGACUGUCGCCAUGGUUACCAUAGCAUCUGCUCUUCCUUCUGGUCAUAAACCGCUGGACACCUUGAGCCAGGACUCCGCUGCACGACUGGUUCGUCGCCGACGAGAAACCCGGGCGUUGCCGGAAGUGGCCUCUGGUAUUAAUUCCGGCUCCAUUCUUAAUGGGCUGAUCCGGAUGACUCGACCCGCUGACUCGGAGGACCCGGAGCCGAUAAAUAACAAUGGUAAGAGGAUCGUCUCUCCCCAUGCCACUUCCAUCUUCGGCGGCUCAAAGCCCUUCCCGAACAGGCUAUACGAUCCAAUGCAUCCCUUGAUACUAAGCUAGAAAGUGCCUGGGAGAAAUGUAGCUCUUCAGGGUGCAAGCCUUAAGGAAUCGUCUUUUCGCCAACAGGAAAACCGAUAAAGAUAAAAUUAACAACAUUUGGGACAAAUGCAGGCAAAAUGACAAGCUGGGAUUUUAUUUCACCAGAUAUUACAAUGUUAGUGUGAUUUUUCAUGUAGUCACGUAGUUCGUAACUAUUUUACUAGCAUCUUAAGAACAGAUCGAGGAAACCCAACGCUUUAAGUUCAAGAAAAAGAAGACAGCCCCUCAUCGCGCCACUAAGUAGCGGAAGUAUGUGAAAGAUCACGUGGUUCUCCUAAAAUCCCACUUCACCGGUAAUCACAUCAGAAUAAUAUACAAAAUGCAAUUUCCAUGAGCUGCAUAGAGGCGCCUUGUCGCUUUAUCCGCAGAGAUGACCAAAGACAAACUCAGGAGUCGUCCUUGUGUCACCAAGGUGGCGGCUGACAUCUCACCCACAUUUUCCAAACGUAACAUGGCUACACUGACUACUGAAAGAAGAUUUGUGGCUCAGAUUCCUUCUUCUAAACAGCAAAAAGGAAGAGUGGUGGGGGUGGUGGGGUGUUGCUGAAGUUACUAUGGUUAU